UGCUCAAGGUGCCUAUGGGCGGCUCUCCAUCAAGGGAGGAAGGACACAAACGGGAGCCUGUCCCUUUAAAUGUCUCUGUGGGAGGCUGGGCAGGCGAAGGCUUCCGGGAAUGCGCACUUUGUCUACACGAGAGGACCGCUUUCUUUUGGAAGCGAGGCAUUGUUUAGAAUGGAAGAGGACACGGAUGGUGGAAUGAGGUUUAGUUCCUUAUGUUUCAUUAGUGAUCAUGUUGGAUUUCAGGGCACUAUAAAAACCUUCCCACGUGACUUUGUUGUCACUGAGAUUGAUGAACGGGGACAAUUAGUCAGCAAGGCCAUUGAUGAAUCUGUUUAUGAAAUUAGUAAAACACAAUCUGAGCCAAGUCAUUUGGUCAAAAAGCCAAAGCUAAAUAUUCAAGAUGUAUCCUUAGACCAUGAAGGUGAAGAAGAAGCCACUAACUUGACUGGGUACUCUUAUGGUGAGGAGAGUCAUCAAUCUGGCUUACAUAAAGAAGACAGUGUCAAUGGUGUGACUUCUAAAUGUGAAAAAGAAAAUGUUGACUUAUUAAGUUCACUUUUAGAUGGAAAAACUCAUACAUUGCUGGAGCAGUUUGCCUGUGACAUCAAAGGGAUGUGGAAUUCAAAAACUGAGUUAAUUGAACCAUCUCUGGAACUCUCUCUAGGUAGGAUCCUUGACAAAAGCCAAAGGGCUGUUUUACACAGUGCCGUUAGGCAGAAAUUUCCUUUUUUGAUAACCAUAGGAAAAAGCAGUGAAAUCAUUGUAAAACCAAAUCCUGAGUAUAAAGAACUCUGCCAUUUGGUAUCUGAAGAGGAAGCACUUGGUUUUUUCAAAUAUUUGGAUGCAAAGAAAGAAAAUUCCAAGUUUACCUUUAAACCUGACAAGAACAAAGAUCACAGGAAAGCUGUGCACCAUUUUCUCAACAAGAAGUUUGGAAACCUUGUGGAAACCAAGUCUUUUUCUGAGCUGAAUCACAGUGCUGGGAAUGCAAACACAGCCAUAACCGUGAGGUUCCGGGAAAAAGCACGUUCACAUGGAAAGAGAGCUCGUCUUGAGUGCGAGAGAAGAGAAGCUGUAUAUACAGCUUUUACCCUACAGAAGGAAAAUCUGGAGAUGUUUGAAGCAAUUGGUGUUUUAGCCAUCAAGCUUGGUGUCAUACCUUCAGAUUUCAGUUACGCCGGCCUUAAAGACAAGAAAGCAAUCACCUAUCAAUCGAUGGUUGUCAGAAAAGUGACUCCACAGAGGUUGAAAAAUAUUGAGGAAGAAAUUAAAAAGAAGAGAAUGAAUGUGUUUAAUAUCCGGUCUGUAGGUGAUUCUCUCAGACUUGGUCAGCUCAAAGGAAAUCACUUUGAAAUUGUCAUCAGAAAUCUAAAAAAUCAAACAAAUGAUUCUGCAAGUCUGAGUGAGAGGAUUUUGGAGGCAAUAGAAAAUGUUAAGAGUAAAGGUUUUGUGAAUUACUAUGGACCACAGAGGUUUGGGAAAGGAAGGAAAAUUCAAACAGACCAAAUUGGAUUGGCUUUACUGAAGAAUGAAAUGGUGAAGGCCAUAAAAUUAUUUCUUACACCAGAAGAUGUGGAUGAUCCUGUAAAUAAAGCAAAGGAAUACUUUCUUCAAACUGAGGACGCCAAAGGCACACUCUCACUGAUGCCGGAGUUCCGAGUUCGAGAGCGGGCUCUGCUAGAGUCACUGCAUCGCUUUGGCAUGACAGAGGAAGGCUGUAUCCAGGCCUGGUUCUCUUUUCCUCAUUCCAUGCGCAUAUUCUACGUCCAUGCCUACAGCAGCAAGAUUUGGAAUGAGGCAGCGUCUUACAGACUUGCAGCCUAUGGGUCCAGAGUGGUGGAGGGGGACCUGAUCUGCUUGGAUGAAGAUGUUGACGAACAUGUCUCAAGCAGUAAAGUUCAUCUGGUGACCAAACAAGAGGAAUCAGCUAGGACAUAUGCAAUACACCAGGUGGUUCUGCCAGUACUUGGAUACAACAUUCAGUACCCAGACAACAAAUUAGGGCAGUGGUACCAAGGAGUCCUCAGCAGGGAUGGACUGCAGGCCUGUAGGUUUAGAGUGCCUGCCCUGAAGCUGAAUGUACCAGGAUGCUACAGGCACAUCUUGAAAUAUCCCCACAAUGUGUCAUACCAACUAGUCCAUUCAGACAUCAAUGAUAAAGUGGAAGGUUCCCAUGACAAUGAUGCAACCUCAUCUCUGUCCAUCUCCUUUGAUCUCGAUGCUUCAUGUUAUGCUACUGUUUGUCUGAGGGAAAUGAUGAAAGGUGAUGUUUAAACCAAUGACUGUGACGUAGUCAUGUGCCUGCCAUUCUGAAGAAAGGGUAUGAUGGGGGAAGUCCUUCUGUGUAUAUGUUUGUCUUAUUGGUUGAUAAAUAAAGCACUGUUGGCCAAUAGAAAAGCAAGAUAGAUGGGACUAGGAGUGGAGGAGGAUUCUGGGAAAUGUAGUAAA